CAUUCCAUCCAACAUGGCGGCUGCGAUGGGUCCUGCGUGCGGGAGGUCAGGGCGGCUCUUGCGGUUCCUGGGAGCUCGGAUACCGCGGGGCAGCCGGAGGCUCAGCUCCAAUACCGGGCCGGGGGGACUGGCAGGGGCCGCACUGCGGGAGAAUCCCGGAGAUGACUCUGAUGAACAGCAGAAGAAACAGAACACUGCAAAUACCCGGAAGAUUAUUUUGAGAGUGUCUGGAUUGAUGGGGGUUUUGGCUGGUGGUGCCCUGGUCUAUGUCUUUGGCAGUAACUCUGUGGACGAGCAGGGGAAUAAGAUCCCUGAUGAAUUUGACAACGACCCUCCUUUUGUACAGCAAGUUAGAAGAACAUACAAAUAUUUCAAAGAUUAUCGUCAGAUGAUAAUUGAGCCUACGAGUCUCAAGCUUCUGCCCGAUCCCUUAAAGGAACCAUAUUACCAGCCGCCCUACACAUUGGUCCUAGAGUUAACCGGCAUCCUGCUGCACCCAGAGUGGUCGUUAGUGACUGGUUGGCGAUUUAAAAAGCGGGCAGGCAUCGAUAACUUGUUCCAACAGCUGGCUCCUCUCUAUGAGAUUGUUAUAUUUACCUCUGAAACAGGACUGACUGCGUUCCCUCUAAUUGACAGCGUGGACCCACAUGGCUUUGUGUCAUACCGGCUAUUCCGCGACGCGACUCGUUACAUGGAAGGCCACCAUGUUAAGGACAUCUCUUGUCUGAACAGAGAUCCUUCGCGCGUUGUGAUAGUAGACUGCAAACGGGAAACCUUUAAACUUCAGCCUUACAAUGGCUUGGCCAUAAAGCGGUGGGAUGGCAACUCGGAAGAUCGAGCACUCUAUGACCUGACGGCUUUCUUAAAGACUAUUGCAGUGAGUGGUGUCAGCGAUGUCCGGACAGUCCUAGAGAACUACUCCUUCGAGGAAGAUCCCCUUGAAGCAUUUAAACGCAGACAGACCCAGCUGGAACAGGAGGAACAGCAAAGAUUAUCUGAACUGUCUCAGCUCAGCAAGAGACCAACCAUGUCUCUAGGUUCCAUUACCAGCCGCCUGUGGCCCCGCUCAAAGCAGCAGUGACACCAAGCCCUCCCUGGUCCUGUGUAUGUAGGCGAGGGCCGGACACCUCCUGGCCCUGUGUGAUUAUUAAUAAAGACAUUUUGUAGGAAA